AUGGAGAAAAAGAGACAAUUUGAAGAUAUAGAGUUUGAAGACUAUGGAGACGAUAAAGACGACGAGGAACAAGAUAAUAUAGAGGAAAGCGACGAUGAAUUCGAAGGGGACGAAGUCAUCGAAGAGGAACAAGAUGAUGACCAAACAGGUGGUGGAGAAGAAGGUGGUGAUGCCGAGAUGGACGAUGAAGAAGAGGGUAAAUCAAAUGCACCUACCCGUGUAUGGCGUCCAGGUGUCGAUGCACUCGAAGACGAUGAAUAUCUUACAUACGACAGUACUGCAUACGAUAUGAUGCAUUCAAUGACUGUCGAAUGGCCAUGUCUCAGUUUCCAACCUCUCAAAGAUACUUUAGGAAAUCAAAGAAAUAAAUAUCCACAUACAAUGUAUAUGGUAGCAGGAACACAAGCAGAUCAAGCAAAGAAUAAUAGAAUAUUGGUAAUGAAAAUAUCUGAAUUACACAAGACCAAACAUGACGAGGAUGAGGAUGAUGAUGCAUCAGAUGUCGACCAAGACGACGAUGAAGACGAAAAUAUAGAUACCGACAGAGAGGUUGAGUUGGUGACCAGCUCCAUCCCACAUAACGGUUGUGUAAAUAGAAUUAGAGCAAUGGAUCAACAAUCAAAUAUUGUGGCCACGUGGUCUGACAGUCGUCAGGUUUACAUUUGGGACAUACAAAACAAUUUGAAACGUUUGGACACUGACGACAACAAGGCUGUCAAGGGUCAAGGCCCCAUCCACGUGGUGUCGGCACACACCGACGAAGGGUAUGCUUUGGACUGGUCGCCCAUCGCUCUUGGUCGUUUGGCCUCGGGUGACUGCGCACACAACAUCCACGUCACAUCGGCGGCCGGCGCUGCCUGGAAGACCGACACGGUCGCCUACAAGGGCCACACUGGCUCGGUCGAAGACAUCCAGUGGUCGCCAAGCGAAGAGAGCGUCUUUGCAAGCAGUUCUACGGACAAGUCCAUCAAGAUCUGGGAUAUCCGUCAACACUCCAAGCCCGCCAUCUCGGUGCAAGCUCACGACGCCGACGUCAAUGUCAUCUCGUGGUCGCGUCGUGUCGAGUACUUGAUCGUGUCUGGUUGCGACGACGGCUCCUUCCGUGUCUGGGAUCUCCGUAACUUUAAGUCACACGAGCCCGUCUCACACUUUAACUACCAUACCGGUCCAAUCACUUCGAUCCAAUGGAACCCAUGGGACGAGUCACAAGUCAUCGUUGCCUCGGCCGACAACCAAGUCACCAUCUGGGAUUUCUCACUCGAAGAGGAUACCGAAGAAUUCCAAGGUGUCAAGGGCGAAAACGACCAAGACGACUACCAAAUCCCCCCGCAACUAUUCUUUAUCCAUCAAGGUCAAUCUGACGUCAAAGAAGUCCACUGGCAUCCACAAAUCCCCCAUGUUGCCGUCACUACUAGUUUUACUGGUUUCAAUAUUUUCAAGUCUUCAAAUGCUGAAGAACAAUAA